AUGGAAUUCCUCAUUAUUUUUCUUUCUCUUGCUUUCUUGGGAUCGAUCCUAUGUUUGUUUCAUGAGUUGGUGGUGAAGCCGAUGAAACUUCGAGCAAGAUUAAGUGAACAAGGAAUCAAAGGACCGUCUCCGACUUUGCUUUUCGAAAACAUAAGAGAGAUUAAGAAGGCACAAUCCGUCGUUGUUAGGGAUCCUAGCCCGUCGUCCACUCACAACUAUGUCGCGCUUCUCUUUCAUUUCCUCCAGAAAUGGAGGAAACAGUACGGUGAAGUAUUUAUGUUUUCUCUUGGUAACACUCAAAUAUUGUUUGCGAAUCAACCUGAUGCCGUGAAAGAGAUUACAACAUGCACGUCCUUAGCCUUGGGGAAGCCUUCCUAUCAGCAAAAAGAGUUUGGUACUUUGCUCGGUCAGGGAAUUCUAACUUCUAAUGGGGCACUAUGGGCUCAUCAGAGAAAAAUUCUUGCUCCUGAAUUAUAUAUGGACAAGGUUAAGGGAAUGAUGGACCAUAUUUUCGAGUCUACAUUUACUGUACUCGAGUCUUGGAAUACCCAAAUCGAGGCUGAGGAAGGACUUGCCGACAUCAAAAUCGACGAGUAUAUGCGGAGCUUCUCCGAAGAUGUCAUCUCUAGAGCAUGUUUUGGAAGCAAUUAUUGUAAGGGAGAAGAAAUCUUGUUGAAACAAAGUUUAUCCACUGGUGUGCCCGGAAUGAGAUAUCUUCCCACAAAAGGCAACAGAGAAGAUUGGGCGCUAGAAAAGGAUAUACGUGAUCUGAUCCUGCAAGUGGUAAAAGAUAGAAAGAUGGCAGCAUACGAGGAGGACUUACUGCAAAUGCUGGUCGAGGGCGCUAAAAUCAGCUAUCUAAGUCAAGAAGCCACCGAGCGGUUCGUAAUCGAUAACUGCAAGAACAUAUACUUGGCCGGAUACGAGACUACCGUUGUUUCCGCCACCUGGUGCCUCAUGCUUUUGGCUGCCAAUCAAGAAUGGCAGCAUAUAAUACGGAAGGGGGUUCUUGAAAUCAGCAGGGGUCGUACUCUGGAUGCCAACAUGCUUCGCAAGAUGAAACAGAUUAUGGAACUAAUCUCGGAAUCCUUGUUCUGUGUAAUGCAGCUUACAUUGGUGAUUCAGGAAUCGUUGGAGGAUAUGAAGUUCGGCGAGAUUUUGGUACCCAAGGGUGUAAAUAUCUGGUUUUUGGUGUUGGCAUUGCACACUGACCUUGAACUCUGGGGUAAAGAGGCCUACACAUUCGACCCAAAUAGAUUUGCGAAAGGGAUAGCAGGUGCUUGUAAGCUGCCACAAGUGCCGUUUGGGGUCGGGCCACGAAUGUGCCUGGGACAGAACUUGGCACUGGUUGAACUGAAACUAGUUAUAGCUCUCCUUUUGUCCAACUUCUCCUUCUCCCUUUCUCCCAACUACAGCCCUUCUCCUGUUCUAAGGUUGGUGACAGAGCCAGAAAAUGGAGUCCAUCUCUUGGUAAAGAAGCUGUGAUUCGAGUGUGCCUAUUUAAACUAUCGAUUUAGUUGGUCUGUAUGCAUUUGGAUAAAGAGAUAAAUUAUAGAGUUAUAUGGAUAAGAUUGAACUGAUGUUAUUUAGUUUUGCAUAUAUAUGCUAUUGCUGUUCGAAUCAGA